GCUUCCCGGUCAGUCUGGGCGGGCGGGAGGCGCGAGCGGAGUGACUUGAGGCGGCUGCGACAGCGACCCGCUGCCCCUCACCGCACAUUCCGGCCGUGGUACCGGCGCUGCUCCCCUCUGCUCCCACCUAGCCGUGGGCUCGAGCCUCCCGCGCGCCAUGUCCUUCCGCCAGAGGAGCCCCCACGGCUGCGGCGGCAGCGAGAGCAGCAGCCCACAACACCCGGCUCGUUGGUCUCAAGGAAGGAAACGUGGAGCAGAUGGGAAAUGCAGAAAACAGAAUGAUUCACAUUCAUCCGUUUUUGAUGAUGAAAACAAGUAUGGACCUUCUGACAACAGGUUGGAUAGUUUUACAACACCAGAAGGUCCUGGGCCCUUUUCAAGAUGUUCAGACUGGGGAUCUGUAGUUGAAGAAGAUGAAAUGAGGACCAAUGUUAAUAAAGAAAUUGCAAGAUACAAAAGAAAGCUCUUGAUAAAUGAAUUUGCAAGAGAAAGGAAGUCCUCUUCUGGAAGUUCUGAUUCAAAGGAAUCCACUGUAACAGUAGAACUUGAGACAGAUGAAGUGGUUCUGAUGAGAAGGCAAAAACAGAUAAAUUAUGGAAAAAACACAAUUGCAUAUGACAGAUACAUUAAAGAAGUUCCAAGGUGUCAUCGAGUACCAGGGGUCCAUCCUAGAACUCCAAAUAAAUUUAAGAAGUAUAGCCGUAGGUCCUGGGACCAGCAGAUCAGACUGUGGAAGGUUGCUUUGCAUUCUUGGGACCCUCCUGCUGAAGAAGGAAGUGACUUACAAGCAAUCACUCCUGUUGAUCUUGGUGAGAUGGAGACAGAAUCCAUAGGAAGUAAUUCUACUGAAUCUCAAGCCAGCUCUCAAGACAAUUAUGAUACCUUUUCUGGCACUCCCACCAAGGUUAGACAUGUUGACUAUCAGGUGGAAGGCGAAUUUGACUUGGAGGCCUGUUUGAACGAGCCACUUAAAGACUUCAGUACCGUGAGCUAAAUGGUGCUCUGUGCAGGCUGUUUUAAGGGAAACAUUCUUUUAAAAAAUCGUGGAAUGUUAGCCUGAUAUUCUCAAACGGGAUGUUGUUCCCUACCUGUCAAUAGUGCAGAAGCUUAAGCAAGUUAAAGGGCUGUUCCCUAAUUUGUGGUCUGUCUACGUAUUUUCUGGACCAAAUUUGUGUAAAGAAUAGAACUUACGUUGAGUAACUUCCUGUUUGACUUCUAAUUUAUGUAUAUCAGAUGGUUUUACAAGACUGCUUUUUAUAAUUAUUCAGAAGAUGGAACUAGUCAUAGAAAAAACAGCCAAAGGUAACACAGCUACCCUCCAACAUAGUUCUGUAAAACUUCAGGUUGUCAUUCA